AUGAUAGCUGCGGGGAUCAUUCCCCUAUAUCAUCUUUCGCCCCGACUGGCAGAAGUGUAUGCAACCCUUGGUGACGCGGAGGGACCUGUCCCUCCGAGCAUUAAGGUGGCGCUGGACGCUGAGGCUAGGAGGAUGGCGAUUGCUGCAUGGAAGGAAGAGGAGAUAAGCCUAAUAGGAGUAACAGGGGAAACAAGGGCGCAGGUGAGGGCGGCUAUUGCUGGCAGGUUGGAUGAGUGGGUUGAGAGGCCGUACUCUAUGGGUACGACCUUUCACACCACUCAGCUGAUGACUGGACCUGUCUGCUUCUCUGCGUACCUUUUUAAAAUAAGAAAAGCGGCAUCUCUGCAGUGCUUUCACUACAAAGCGAAUGUAGAUGAUGCAGAUUACACCCUGGUUGACUGCCCUGCGUGGAUGAAUGAGCGGGACAAUCUU